CAUGUUUGAAGAUGACUCAGAAGAAGACCUGAAACCACCUCAAAGACCUACUAUUUAAUAGUAACAAGUCAAACCACCUGAACCAGUCAAGAAACCUGAAGCACCUAAACCGACACCUGCUUAGCAAAGGAAUUAAAGAAUGCAGAGAGCAUUAUUUGAAGAUUCUGAUUGAUAUGAUUGAUUGCAUUUAAAUAUAUAUAAUUAAACA